GCUCAGACAGAGUUAUGCAAACCAUGUUUAGAGACACUUAAAGGACAAGACUCUUCCCUGAUGCCUUACUGUUAAAUUUAGAGAAGCUAUUGUAUGCUGCCUUUUUCCAUAAAGCUCCAAACAGCUGCAGAGACUUUUCUGAGAUUGAAGCUGGAUUCCUUUCGAGAACCACCAUGCUAAGGUCGUGGAAAGCGGCGCCUUGUUCGCCUGUAAUGAAUGCUGGGUUUACGCUGGCGAUCCUGUUCACUUGCCUUCAAGAAGUAAAAACGGAGAAAGUGCCCGGAGCCGAGAGCAACUCGUCCAACUGCGACGGUUCCUACAAGUGCAAAGCGGGCGUGAUCUUGCCCGUGUGGUACCCGCAGGACCCUGCCGUCGGAGACAAGGUAGCCCGGGCCAUCGUCUACUUCGUGGCGUUGAUCUACAUGUUCCUGGGUGUGUCCAUCGUAGCGGAUCGUUUCAUGUCCUCGAUCGAGGUGAUCACCUCGCAAGAGAGGGAAAUCACGGUAAAGAGAGCCAAUGGCGAGACCAGCACCACCACCGUGCGCCUGUGGAACGAGACGGUGUCCAACCUCACGCUGAUGGCGCUCGGUUCGUCGGCGCCCGAGAUCCUGCUCUCCGUCAUCGAAGUGUGCGGUCACGGCUUCCACGCCGGCGAACUGGGGCCCAGCACCAUCGUGGGUAGCGCCGCCUUCAAUACCUUCGUGAUCAUUGCCAUCUGCGUGUACGUGGUGCCCGACGGCGAGGUGCGGCGCAUCAAACACCUGCGUGUCUUCUUCGUCACGGCCGCAUGGAGCAUCUUCGCCUACGCCUGGCUCUACCUCAUCCUGGCCGUCAUCUCUCCCGCCGUGGUGGAGCUGUGGGAGGGUCUGCUCACCCUCGUCUUCUUCCCGGUCUGUGUUAUCUUCGCCUGGGUGGCCGACCGCCGCCUACUCUUCUACAAGUACGUCUACAAGAAGUACCGGGCGGGCCGCCACCGCGGGGUCAUCGUGGAGACCGAAGCCGACCCGCCCAGCAAGGCCGACAUCGAGAUGGAUGGCAAGAUGCUCAACUCGCACGAAGCAGCAACAGCAGCCGCCGCCGCUGCCGUCGGCGAGGCCGAAAUGCCCGAGGCGGUGGUGACGGUGGCGGGGGGCGCCAAGGACCAAGAAGAGGAGUCCCGCAGGGAAAUGGCGCGCAUCCUGAAGGAGCUGAAGCAAAAGCACCCGGAAAAGGAGAUGGAGCAGCUGAUCGAGCUCGCUAACUACCAGGUGCUGAGCCAGCAGGCCAAGAGCCGCGCCUUCUACCGCAUCCAGGCCACCCGCCUCAUGAUCGGCGCCGGCAAUAUCCUGAAGCGGCACGCCGCGGACCAGGCGCGCAAGGCCGUGUCCAUGCACGAGGUGCGGCCUGAGGUGGACGAAGGGCCGGUCAGCCGCAUCUACUUCGACCCCGGCAGUUACCAGUGCCUGGAGAACUGCGGUUCGGUGGCGCUGACUGUUGUGCGCCGGGGCGGCGACCUGACCAACACGGUGACGGUCGACUACCGCACUGAGGACGGCACUGCCAACGCCGGCUCCGACUACGAGUUCACCGAAGGCAGCCUGGUCUUCAAGCCGGGCGAGACCCAGAAGGAGAUCCUGGUGGGAAUUAUCGACGACGACAUUUUCGAGGAGGACGAGAACUUCUGUGUACACCUCAGUAACCUGCGCGUGGGCGGCGUGGCCGUAGCCGCGCCGGUAGCUGCGCACGCGCCGUCGCCCAAAGCCGUGUCGGCAGCGCAGCCGCCGGCGGCCGGAGUGACGGGCGAGACCAACAACGACGCAGGGUCCGUUACCAGCGCUGCCGUCACAACCACCAGCAGCACCGCCGCCGCCAAUCACGUAACGACGUCCGGCGCCUGCGCCGUCUCGGAGAUCGCGUGCCUGGUGGCGCCCAGGACGGCCAACGUCACCAUCUUCGACGACGACCACGCUGGUAUCUUCAGCUUCGAGGAAAAGGUGAUGCACGUGAGCGAGAGCGUGGGCGUGAUGGAGGUGAAGGUGGUGCGCGCCUCGGGGGCGCGUGGCACCGUGCUCGUGCCUUACCGCACCAUGGAGGGCAGCGCGCGCGGCGGCGGCGAGGACUUUGAAGACACGACCGGCGAGCUGCAGUUUGAGAACGACGAGAUCGUCAAGACAAUAGAAAUCAGAGUAAUUGAUGAUGAGGAGUAUGAAAAAAACAAGAACUUCUUCAUUGAGAUUGGGGAGCCACGCUUGGUGGAGAUGAGUGAGAAGAAAGCCUUGUUGUUGAAUGAGCUAGGACCCUUCACAAAGACAGCAAAGUACUUCAAUGGUCAUGCUCUCUACAGGAAGGUUCAAUUUAGGGACAGACCAAUUCCAUCGACUGUCAUCUGCAUUGCAGGUAAUACUGAAGAUAAAAAGGCCAUAUCAAGCAAAGAUGAGGAAGAGCGGCGGAUUGCAGAAAUGGGCCGCCCGGUUCUUGGAGAAAAUACGAAGUUAGAAAUCGUAAUUGAAGAAUCUUAUGAAUUUAAGAAUACGGUGGACAAACUGAUCAAAAAGACUAACUUAGCCUUGGUUGUGGGAACGAACAGUUGGAGGGAUCAGUUUAUUGAAGCUAUCACUGUGAGCGCUGGGGAAGAUGAUGAUGACGAUGAAUGUGCUGAGGAGAAACUUCCUUCAUGUUUUGAUUAUGUAAUGCACUUUCUGACUGUCUUCUGGAAAGUUCUUUUUGCAAUUGUACCUCCUACGGAGUACUGGAAUGGCUGGGCCUGCUUUGUGGUGUCCAUUAUAAUGAUUGGCGUCCUAACUGCUAUUAUUGGUGACUUGGCUUCGCAUUUUGGCUGUACCAUUGGACUGAAGGAUUCGGUUACUGCAGUAGUGUUUGUUGCACUGGGGACUUCGGUUCCAGAUACCUUUGCCAGCAAAGUAGCUGCAAUUCAAGAUCAGUAUGCUGAUGCUUCUAUUGACACAGAACAUGAAGGAUGGGCACCUUAACUAAGACACCAGAAGCUGCCAGAUCCUUCCCUCCGGUUGUGAAACCGGAGCCCAAGAAGAUGUGACCUGGAGAGGAAGCACUCCCAACUCUCUCCCAUUCUCAGUGAGGAAGUGAUUGCCACCAGUGCUCAGCAAGCAUCCCUCUUAACCAUGAAGCUUAAAGUAGGCACUGACCACAUGGAAUUCAUAGAUAAUUGCCAGUCUGCUUUCCUGCUGUCCAUACUACACAGUGGUAGAGCAAAACUUUUACUCUGCCACUGCAGCUGUUCAGAGAGACUAAUGUUAAAUAGUUAUGGAAGUACAUUUCAAACAGAAAUCAUAAUAAAGUCCCAGAGGUGCACAAUUAUUUCAGUUAAUAUUUGUCUUAAUUUUAUUUACUUUUCCAGAAUGUAUUGAAUUUUCAGCCAACUGUAAAGUAAGAAUCUAAUCAUUGGUGUUACCAUAAGCAUACUAAAUGAUUCCUGAGUGAACCGUGGUCCAGUGACAGACUACUACAAAUGUGAUUUCUUCAUAUGACGAUGGGUUAGAUGAGGUACUGACAUCUCAGCAGCUUAACCAUUAGUUUCUCAAGGAAGUCAUUUCUGGUGCUUCUAUUCAGACCAUUCUCAAUACUUACUGCUUUUACAUCAAUAUGAGGUUUCAUCUCCCAGAUUGAAAAUGAUCAUUAGAUAUAAUCUCAGUUAAAUUAAAGUUAGAAAUAAUUCUUUUGGGCAGAAUUACCAUCAACUUGCUAUAUAAUAACCUCUUGCAUUUACCCACAAAAGGAGUCCUUUAAAACUGUAGAGGUCGUACGACAACUUAUCCAUCUGGCAUCAAAUUAAAUCAGCUGCUAAGUAGAGCAGCUCUGCUGUUUUAUAGAAACUAAUUUUCUAUUUUUCUAGUUAAAACCUCAAAGAAGAUAAUAUAAGUACUUUCAGACAUCCAAAUUUAAUGGUAUGUGGUAAUUACAAUAUCAGAUCGAUCCACCAUUCUGAUCAGUGUUAACAUCUAGCACUUAAACGAACAUUUUGCUGCUGUUUCAGUAGUGGCUGUAUCAAUUUGUGUGGAUUUUCCAAAAUAUGUUUAGUGGUUUAAAUAAUCAUUAGUAUUACAUAAGAUGAAAGCACCCUAAGGCAGUUGGUUUGUGACCUUGUGUGCGUAGUUUCUCAUGCAGAAUAUCAAUUUGUAAUUCAACUGUUGUGCCCAAAUGAGUGCUUUACUCAUAGAUGGUCAUUAGCCUGUUGUAGCAGAGCAUGUGAAUUAAGAGGAAUUGUGGCAGCCUUUCAGGUAGAUUUGAUAAUGAAUGGGUGUGUUUUGAUGCAUGUAACUUUAGUGCUAGAUUGUUCCUACUUGAACCAAAGUGUAAUUGAUUUGUCUCUUUUUUAAAUGCCUAAAACAGCUAGGAAAAUUAAACAACACUCUUGCAGUCAUACAAAUGCAGAUAGAAGUAUUUGGCAUUUACCCACUUAACUGUGAUAUAAUACUUCAUACAGUCCCUUGAUUUAUUUAUAGAGGUCAUAUUUUAAAUGUAUGAACUUUGAUAAUAAAAUGCUAAUAGAGGAUAAAGGAAAUAGUGGCUUUGAGAAAAGAGAAACUGGAUCAGAUACUUUUUCCUUCGGUUAAUACAAGUGCGUCAAGCAUUGCACACCAUAACAUAUUCAGUGAUGGUAUGUUACUUUACAUUCUGAUCUCCAUGCACUCUUUCCCCAUCUAUCAUUUUAACAAAAGUGUUGAGCCCUUCAAAAUAUAAAGAAUGACCCCACGUGGACACAAGUACCUUAUAUAAUUAUGAUAUAGUGAACAAUUAUUUCUGAACUGAUUCACUGUGCUUAGCUCUAAGUUCUAAGCAAAUUAUGGAGCCCAGGAAUCCAAGUUUGGCUGUAGGGAAACUUAGUAUAGUAAAGAGACUAGCGCAUGAGGAUGGCAUGGGUUGCAGUGUUUUUUGGGGUUGAGAGUAGGCAGCAAGAGGAAGACUCCUCAACUAAACCUCACCAAUAAUCACUAUGUCCACAUUAUGAUGAAGUGGACAGCUUCCCUGCCUAUUUAAAAUUCAGCAGCAAGAGAUAAUGCCAGACCUUUGGUAAUAGUCCCUAGAAAAAGAGCUUUGGGGAAGAGAAUUCCCCCAAGGUAUGGGUAUCCUACUCUACUUUAAAUCCCCCUACCUGAGGAUUUCCUUUAGUUGGUUAAAAUGGUCUUGUACAGGGGCCCACCAAGAUAGUUAAUAUUAGCUAACAUUUCCUGAUGGCAAAUAUUUGCUCCAUCCUUCACAUAUGAAAAUUGUGCCAGAAUGUAUUUCUGAUAACAUAACAAUUUGCUGCUUGAUUUUGCUCAGCACCACCACUGAGAACAAAUGGAUUGAAAUUGGUAGCACAAUCAUUAUAAUUUCAGCUACAGCAUUUAAUAUAGACCAUUGGAAUGGGCUGUGUAGGCUGUCUAUACAGCUGGUAAAGAGUAACCUUUCUACCUCCUGAUCUGAAUCAUUAAUGCCUCGGAGUUACAGUUUGAGAGCACCGUUUAAAUACAAACACACUAACAUUUCAUUCUCACCUUAUUAGUGGUAAUGUCACAGUAAUUUGGAAAGGAAGCAUUGUGAUUUUAAAAAGAAAGACCUGAGCAUGUUUAGAAGUUUGAAGGAGCUAGCAUAUUGGACAAUGUUUAAGCUUCCCCAAUGUCUCUCCCACUUUUGGAUUGAUGUUUAAUAGUGCAUGAAAUAACAUGGUGAUCAUUUUUGUACAGCCAUGAUGUCCUUGGUAUGUAAACAGAAGUGAAUUUAUAUUUCUAUUGGCAUGAAUUGGAUAUGCAAUACAGUAUUACUCAGAGCAACAUUAGAAGCUAGUAUGGAUUAAUUAUGUUGUGACAGUGGUUCUGCCAAUUAAUUUGGUCGUACAUCUGAUAAUUAUAGAACAAUGAAGAUUAAGAGACAAAAGAAUUUAAGGCUCUUGCCUGAAUUGAAAGGUGUACACACGCAACUUGAUACAACUCCACUGUCAAAAAUUGUUUGCGUAGCUUUUCAGUUCGCUCUGUGUUGUAUUUGUCAAAAAGUUUUAGUUUAAAAUUUAAAAACUGCAUAAUUUGUAAAUGUAAAGAAUAUGAAAAUAAUAACUAAUUUUUUUAACUUUACAACACAUUGCGAAUGGAAAUUUUUCUGCAAAUUUUGCAGUUCCAGAGGAAAUGAUUGCAUGUUGCAUAUGUUGUGACUUGAGAAGAAUUAUCAGUGACUAAAAUGCCUUAUGCAAACAUUCAUUAGUACAUUAUCCAGAGCUGGUCUGAAAAUCACAAAUGUGUGGACUUUAUGCUGUUUUAUGUCAUAUUACUCAGCUUGAUUUGUCUGUCAUUUCUGUACUUCGUAAGGAACCUCUAAUCUUGUAAAACUGUGGUGUGUAUCUCUCAUUGCUCGAUCUGAAUGGCUUUGUAUAAAUCAAUGUCAUAAGCUGUUUCCUCUCUUGCCAUAUUUCCUAACACAUUAAAUAUAGAUGUUUGUAAAUUCUCCAUAAUUUCUCGUUCAUUCUGCGUGUCUUAAUAAUAUCAAGUCCAACAGGCAUUUCAUACAAUACUGUGUUGUAAAUUUCACUGUUAUUCCAAGCUUGUCAUUGGUAAUUAAAUCAUAGCUGUUUUACACAUGUAAAUUAUUAAACUACUGCAAUACAAUAGAAUACCUUCGAUCUUGAACUUGAAUUUGGUUGUGAAAAUAUCAAGCUUUUAAAGUUACAAUCCUUAAAAAUUCUAACAAAAGCAGUAAUAUAAUUUUAAUGUCAGGCACAUAUUUACCAUAAUUUGAAACACAGGCUAUGAAGUAUGGCUUCUAUUCAUGUUAAAUGUGAUACCCAUCCUUGUCUGUGUUUGGAGCAUUCAAGCAUCUGCUAAAUGUUAUCACUAAAACGCAUUCUAUGUGGGGAAAGGAUAUUUUAAGAAUGAAAUGACAUUUGUUACUAGUUCACCUCUUAAAGUUGUUUAGUCUUGUGUUUUUGUCUUCACUUGUAAUUCCCUGCACUUGUGAAAUUUUUCAGGUGUGCAUCAGAUUAUAGAGAAAUGUUCCUACAUUGAUGAGCAAUAAUUUGAGUCGUAUGGGUGCUCAUUCAAUAGCUGUUGAAUUAAACAAAGAAUGCAUUGUACAUUGACCUGUGUAUUACUGUAGAGAGGAGGCCAACUUUUUGUUCCCUGGUCACUAGCAAUGACUACAAAGUCCGGCCAUUGAUGUCCAUGCUGCUCGAUGGCUGGGAUACAUCAGCAGGUCACUGUUGUUCUGAGGGUUAAACAUAGCCUGCUUUAAAAAAUUGCUUUAACUCAACGUAAAUAGAUUAAACAUUAAGGAAUGGCACAGCUGGUGGAAUUAGCAGCUGAAAAGGGUUUUGUGUGCUGCACAGGAGACCUUGAUGAAGAAGCAGAAAGGAAGAAGCAGCUCGGACUAAGAUGGUGUAAGUAAAUAGCAAAAGUAUAUAGGACAGGAAUCCAGUCUUCAUCACGAAUCUGUAAAUCAUAAGCUACCAUGCAUCUGCUUCACCUGGCUUGAAUACAUUUCGCAGCUACCAGAUAAAUAAUGUAACAUUCCAAUAGGUUAUAUUCCCUCUAAUUAGGUAGCAUAUAGCUACUGCAUCACCGGCAAAAAGUAAAUAUUGAGGCAGGAAAGGGUUGAAAAUAAUCCUACAUGCCCCAAUUCCCUUGUAAUUAACACUGGCUAUAGGAAUAUUCGAACAGAAGGCUAUGCAUCUGCUUGUACCUGUUCUGCCAUUUGGUGAGAUCAGGCUUCUCAGCUGCCUGAUUCCAAUAAUUUGAUUAACAGAAUUUUGGAUUUCUUCGAUGUAAAAACUUGAGGAUUACACUCUCUGGAGAUAGAAAACGGCCAGUUUUGCAAUUCACUUAGUUUCUUUCCUGUUUUGGUUGAAAAUGGCUGAGCCCUUGCUCUGAGCCAGUGCUCCUUUGUUCUACACGGUGGAGAAAAUGUUGUUUCAGUAUCUAUCUUAUCCAGCACUUUCAGAAUAUUUAUUCCAUACUGCCCACUCAGCCCAGACUGGUUCACAGGAUACAGAUGGUAUAGGAAUCAGCAGCAUUCAGGACAGUGAGCACCUCGUCCUGCACCAGUCCAAUGCCAGCAGAUCCCAUGUUCUCUCCACCUGCAAAUCUUUGACAAAAGAAUAAAAUGCACUUAGGUCAUUGAGGCUGGCUCUUCAAAACCUACCUAAAGUAACAGAACUGGGAAAAAUUAUAAAUAUCACCAGCUUCAGCUUAGCAACCAAAAUUGUGCAUGUUCAUUGCCAAUGGCUGUCAAAGUGACUGUAGCAAAUUUAGUAAGUGCCCUGCUCUGGAUUUGUAGUUGUGUUGAAUCUACUGUUGAAAUCGUCCCUUCAAAAGCACCAUUUUGCUGGAGUGGGAGCAGAGAGGGGUAUGCAGAAAAACUUUCUUGAACAAAAUAAAUUUUAUAAUAAAAUAUUUACA